AUGGAGGCUGAGGCCGCCCCCAGAGCCACAGAGGCUUACCCCGUGGAUAUCCUGGAGGAUGACCCCGAGGGCCAUCAGGCAGCAACAGAGGUUUGCUAUGAGUUGCUCAGGGAAGGAGGAUCAGCCAAGGUUUUUUCCCUUGCCACUGGGGAGCAGGUCAGACUUGAAGCUCCGUUCCUUCAUUAUUGCGCUAUGUACCGUGACGAACCUCGACAUAAAAUACUGGUUUUGGUUAAUCCCCAGGACACAAAGACAGUUGUGGCUGUCUACCUAAAGGGGUCCUGGUGGUCCAUCGAAGACGUCCUAAGAACUUCUGAUCCCACCAGGGAAGGGCUCAUGAAGGUUCGGUCCUUCGGGGAAAGGAUUGUCCUUUAUGUUCUCAACACCAUUGUUUUUGGAAGACUGGAGAGAGAUCUGGAUGACGACGACAUGUUUUUCUUACCUCACCCUGCGGAGGAGCAAGCUAAGAUUCUGUGGAGGGAUGGAGCGGCAGUUGGAUUUUAUUCAAUCAAAAUGAAAGGCAGCCUCUGUGGUACUGGUACUAGUGCGUGCUACCUGCUGCCUAUCUUUGAUACUGUGUUUGUGCGGAGGAAGAACCGUUGCCAAGGCCUGGGGACAGCCAUGCUGAGGGACUUCUGUGACACCUUUCGAGAAGAUGAAGCCCUGGGUAUCAGUUGCCCGAUUUCUCCUGCCAUGUACAAAGUCCUCAAGCAGUUCCUGUUGGCCCAUCCAGGCGAGAGAGGGCGCUUGUGGGAGGUGGAGUCCCCAGGGGCCUGGGGCCAACGUGUCAACAUCUGGCUCAAUAUUUGUCUUCAGGAGGCAGGACUUCAUGAUGGGAGCACAGUGCACCCUGAAGGUUCCGAAGAGGACACAAACACUCCCAGGCAGACUUCCCGGGGUGAUGGACCCACAACAUUCCAUCAUGGAGAAAGCCCGAAGGUACAGUGUAGAAGUGUCAUUCCACAGCCUCCUGUAUCCCUAGCGACCACCUUGCUUUUUUUAGUGACUACCUGGCAGCUCCUUGGACACCGGGGCUGUGGGCUCCUCCUUGGCAGUGGGCCAUGCUGAUGCUGAUUAAUGCUGAAAAUCUCCCUGUCUCGGGAUGGAAGGAAUGGGGUAAGAAGUUGUUAUAAUUAGGCUUUUUGUGGUCCCCUCUCUCAGCUAGAUAAGCAUUCACAAAGCCAGAAGGAAACUAGGGGACUGGACCUAAUAUGCUUAGAGAGUCGGUGAAAAUCUGAAUUUGAAAUUCAGCCACAGACCAGAACAAAAGCAAGGCAAAUCCACUUUGCUCCUUCCCUCCUGCCUCCCCAGUCUGGCUGCCUGAAAGAGGACAAUGGUAUCAGGUCAUUGUGUCCUCCAGAGUGACUGGAGUCUUGGGGGGGAAGGAAGGUUACAGAGUCCUUUUUGGUAUCUUGGUGCUCAGUAUUUUGAUAAGAUUUGGAGUCUUCCCUGAAGCCAGCCCAUACACACACAAGGUCAUUGCUCUCAAAUCCUUAAAGAGUCAACUCUAAAGCCUAACUCUGGUACAUGAGAUGCAACACAGCUCAUUUUGUUAAGUAGAUUAUUCGUAGACAGCAGAUUCUACAGAGGAUUAUGGUAUUCCAGUAAGUCUUGGAUCAUCCUUGAAAGUUGUG